CAGCUUGCCGACCUGCACGACUCUGGCCAUGGGGAACAGCCACUGUGUGCCUCAGGCCCCCAGGAGGCUCCGGGCCUCCUUCUCCAGAAAGCCCUCGCUGAAAGGAAACAGAGAGGAGAGCGCGCGGAUGCCGGCCGGCCUGCUUGGCCCCGAGGCUGCUCGAAGCGGGGACGCCGCCGCCAACAAGCUCUUCCACUACAUCCCGGGCACGGACAUCCUGGACCUGGAGAACCAGCGAGAAAACCUGGAGCAGCCAUUCCUGAGUGUGUUCAAGAAGGGGCGGCGAAGGGUGCCUGUGAGGAACCUGGGAAAAGUCGUGCAUUAUGCCAAGGUCCAGCUGCGGUUCCAGCACAGCCAGGAUGUCAGCGACUGCUACCUGGAGCUGUUCCCCGCCCACCUGUACUUCCAGGCCCACGGCUCGGAAGGACUCACAUUUCAGGGGCUGUUACCGCUGACAGAAUUGAGCGUCUGCCCGCUCGAGGGGUCCCGAGAGCACGCCUUCCAGAUCACAGGCCCGCUGCCUGCACCCCUCCUGGUGCUCUGCCCCAGCCGGGCCGAGCUGGACCGCUGGCUUUACCACCUGGAGAAGCAGACGGCCCUCCUCGGGGGACCGCAGCGCUGCCACUCGGCACCCCCACAGCGCCGUCUAACCCGGCUGCGGACCGCGUCAGGGCACGAACCCGGCGGCAGUGCUGUCUGUGCCUCCAGGGUCAAGCUGCAGCACCUGCCCGCACAGGAGCAGUGGGACCGGCUUUUGGUCCUGUACCCAACGUCCUUGGCCAUUUUCUCCGAGGAGCUGGACGGGCUUUGCUUCAAGGGGGAGCUCCCACUCCGUGCGGUCCACAUCAACCUGGAGGAGAAGGAGAAGCAGAUCCGCUCCUUCCUGAUUGAAGGCCCCCUCAUCAACACCAUCCGCGUGGUGUGUGCCAGCUAUGAGGACUAUGGCCACUGGCUGCUAUGCCUUCGUGCCGUCACCCACAGAGAGCGGGCCCCGUCGCUGCCUGGUGCCGAGAGCUUCCCAGGGUUGCAGGUUAUGGGCAGUGGCCGAGGCUCACUCUCCUCAGGCGGACGGAUCAGCUGGGACUCGGGGUGCCUGGCGCCCCCCUCCACCCGCACCAGCCACUCCCUGCCUGAGUCCUCAGUGCCAUCCACCGUGGGCUGCCCCUCCCAGCACACACCGGACCAGGCCAGCUCUGACCGCACCAGCAUUGGCCGACGGAGGACUGAGCUGAGACGCAGCGGCAGCAGCCGCUCACCCAGGAGCAAGGCCCGGGCAGAGGGCCACGGCCCUGUCACCCCACUGCACCUGGACCUGACCCAGCUGAACAGGCUGAGCCUGGAGAGCAGCCCAGACACCCCUGACCGCACUUCAGAAACAUCACACUCGCCCCUCUAUGCCGACCCCUACACACCACCCGCCACCUCCCACCGCAGGGUCACAGAUGUCCGGAGCCUGGAGGAGUUCCUCAGUGCCAUGCAGAGUGCACCUGGACCUGUGCCCUUAAGCCCACUCCCCUCGGUGCCUGUGUCUGUGCCUGCCUCUGACCCUGGCUCCGGCUCCUCUGGCCCCGCUGGCCCCCACUUGCUCUCCAAGAAGGGAGCCCUGCAGUCCAGAGCCUCUCAGAAACACCGGGGCUCAGCCAAGGAUGGGGGGCCACAGCCCCCAGACUCCCUUCAGCUUGUCUCCUCUGCCAGGGAAGGUUCGCCCGAACCCCGGCUGCCUCUGACAGGUGAUCGGUCCCCCAGGAGGAGCCGGGACCCCGGCUACAACCACCUCUUGGACGAGACUUUGUCUUCCUCCCACCAGAAGUGCCCCCAGCUUGGAGGGCCUGAGGCCAGUGGGGGGCUUGUGCAGUGGAUCUGAUGGCUGCGGUGAGGCGGGUUCUCAGGACCACCCUCGCCAAGCUCCAGGGUACCUGCCCCUCUAACCCACUUCAAUUACAAGUCAGGGUCUGAACCCAGUGUGAUGGGGGGAGUCUCCGGGGCCCUCCGGCUCCUGCUCCUUGGUGCCAGCAGCUGGGGCAGGGAAGGGCGGGAGGGGCCCCAUCCAAAGGAUGCCCUGGCCAGCAAGGCUGGGUCACAGGUCACAGGUCACAGGUCAGGGAGGUCCUGGCCGUCCACAGAGUCGGCCCUCAGCUCAGCCCACCAGGAGUCUGGGAGGAGACUCACUGGGAGUGGGAGGGAGGCACGGGCGUGAAGGUCAGAGGACAGAGAAAGGUCAGCAGGGUCAGAGUAUGUGAGGUCAGAGGGCAUGAGAGUCACAGGUCAGCAAGGUGUGAGGAGCACAAGCCAGGGUGUCCCGAGGAGGAGGGCGAGUGGGUCCUUGCAUGGCCUGGUGUGCACCAUAGGGCAGCACAGGAGACGCUGACACCACCGGACGAGAAAGAAAAAA